CCUAAACGACAUCAAAUGAAAAGGUUAUACUAUCAAAAACCUCAAGAUGAAUACAAACAUUCUUGUGGUGAUUGAUGAAAUCUAUUUUCUCUCUUUUUUUUUUAAAGCGUGUAUAUUAUAUAAUGAAAAUGGGACAUGUUAUUUGUACCGGAGAUACCACGCGGCUGGUUUGGAUAGAAAGAUCUCUUGUUACAAAGAGAGAUUGAGAAGUGGAAUUGUUGGUAUUAAGAAAGAUGAUGCUGUUGCUCUCUUUCAAUCCAUGCUUCGGUCUCGUCCUCUUCCUACGGUCAUAGAUUUCAGUAAACUGUUUACUGGCAUUGCCAAAACAAAACAGUAUGAUCUGGUGUUAUCUCUCUGCAAGCAAAUGGAAUCGAAUGGGAUUGCGCAUGACAUCUACACGCUGAGUAUUGUCAUCAAUUGCUUCUGCCGGUGUCGUCGCAAACUCGGUUUUGCUUUUGCUGUGAUGGGAAAGAUGUUUAAACUUGGGUAUAAGCCUGACACGGUCACAUUCUCAACUUUGAUAAACGGUUUAUGUCUUGAGGGUAGAGUCUCUGAAGCUGUGGAGUUAGUUGAUCGUAUGGUGGAAAUGGAGGUACUACCAAAUCUCAUCAUACUCAGCACUAUUGUUAAUGGGCUUUGUCUCCAAGGUAAAGUGUCUGAAGCAAUGGCUUUGAUAGAUCGAAUGGUGGAUAAUGAGUGCCAACCCAAUGCAGUUACUUAUGGUCUGAUUUUGAACAGAAUGUGUAAGUCAGAUAACACUGCCUUGGCCUUGGAUCUGCUCAGAAAGAUGGAACUUAGGAAGGUCAAGCUCGAUGUUGUCACACACAGUAUGAUUAUCGACGGUCUCUGCAAAGAUGGGAACCUCGAAGAUGCACUCAGCCUUUUCAAUGAAAUGAAAACCAAAGGGAUCAAAGCAGAUGUCUUUACCUACGACUCUCUCAUAGGUGGCUUCUGUAACGCUGGCAGAUGGGAUGACGGCGCACAGCUGCUGAAGGAUAUGAUUGCAAGGGAAAUCACACUAGACGUCAACACUUUCAGUGCUUUGAUUGAUAGUUUUGUGAAAGAAGGAAAGCUUACUGAGGCUAAAGAGUUGUACAAUGAGAUGAUCGUAAGAGGCAUAGAUCCUAAUACCAUUACAAAUAGUUCUUUGAUAUAUGGGCUGUGCAUGGAGAACCGCUUAGAUGAGGCCAACCAGAUGACGGAUCUGAUGGAUAGCAGGGGAUGCGAUCCUAAUAUUGUGACUUAUAGUAUCCUGUUAAACAAGGCUAAACUGGUUGAUGAAGGUAUGAGACUUUUCCGCAAAAUGUCUGUGGGAGGAGUGGUUGCAGAUACAGUCACUUAUAGCAGUCUAAUCCAAGGGUUUUGUCAAUCUGGGAAACUUAAUGUCGCCAAAGAACUCUUCCAAGAGAUGGUUUUUGAAGGUGUUCAUCCUAAUAUUAUGACUUAUGGUAUUUUGCUGGAAGGGUUGUGUGACAAUGGAAAAGUAGAAGAGGCUUUGGAAAUACUUGAAAAAAUGCACAAGUGUAUGAUUGAUCCUGGUAUUUGUAUCUAUAAUAUCAUCAUUCACGGCAUGUGCAAUGCUAGUAAGGUUGAUGAUGCUUGGGAUCUAUUCUGCAGCCUACCUUCGAAAGGAGUGAAGCCUGAUGUUAAGACGUACACCGUAAUGAUUGGAGGAUUAUGUAAGAAAGGCUCUUUGUCUGAAGCGGAUGCAUUGUUUAGGAAAAUAGAAGAGGAUGGGAUUACGCCAAUUAGUGGUACAUACAACACUCUUAUCAGGGCACAUCUCCGAGAAGGUGACUUAGCGACAUCAGCUAAACUUAUAGAAGAAAUGAAGAGUUGUGGGUUCUCUGCAGAUGCUUCCACGAUAAAGAUUGUUAUGGAUAUGUUAUCGGAUGGUAGAAUGAAGAAAAGCUUUCUGGAUUUGCUUUCUUAGAAUGUUUGGAUCUUAGUUUGCAAGAGACAAAAGUCCCGGUUAGUGUUUUGAUGAUGUGUAUUUGGGCUUAUUAGUUGAAACUAAGUUUGUUUGUUAACAUCUAAACAGAGCUUGAUGCCUUCAGCUUUGUCCUUUUUUUUUGUCGCUUCAAGUGUUUCGUUUCUGAUUUAUGCUGAUGUUUUCAGUUUACCGAAUGUGUAUCAAGUGCGUGCAAUCUUCACUUGGGCAAAACAUGGACUACUAUAAGUGAAGUGUGGACACAAAACCAUGGUUCAACCAUAGACAAAAUCUCAUGAAACUUCACUAAUGGAGACAUGCCGAUAUACAAAAUUCUAAAUGUUGUUUGUUGUAAUGACUUGUUAUGUCUUCUCUCGAGAUCCUUACCAGCUCCCAUAUUGCUCCU